UCCGAACAAAUAACACGAAUACUAGCUAGCUAUUAACGUUAAAUGUAAAAUUAUGAGUUUGCAUGAAUCUGACAUCUAUAUUUAUUUAGUGGAUUUAAAAAAUACAACUUUUUCUAACACUGUUCAGCAAGUCCUAAACCUCUGCAAUAUGCCCCAUCCUUUCUCGGCUUACUGUAUGCAGAAUUGCCGGGUGAUGUCUUGCUACAGUUUGUUACGCCAGACAUGUGAUAACUAUGUUUCCUUUACUGGGCGUUACAGGUACAAACAUGUAUUUCUUAUAUUUCUCAGUUUUUUUGUAGAACCACCUGCAUCUGGACACGGACAUUUAUAAGAUACAAAUCUAUGGCAGCGUUUGGUAUAAUCUAACCUGUAACGCCCAGUAAUGGAUUCAUAGUUAUCACAUGAUAUCUGGCGUACGAACUGUAGCUAGAUGUUGUCUAGUGGUGUAAAUGCGUUACUAGUGCCAUUCUGAAGUGAACCUCUUCAGCACCUGCUGUUCAAGUUCAGAAAUUUGUCAAUUAACUGUCUUCCAAUUUAAAGUGGGCCAUUGUAACCUUCUUAAUAAUGGAGUGUUUACACAAGUACUGUGGAUGAAUGCCUGGUUACCAGUUUGUUCCUUCAAAAGUUACUAGCCUGACAAUCUAACUAUGCAGUCUACAGGUAGGCCUAGACAUACCAACACGGUCCUCUAAGACCAAUGUUUUAUUUUAUGCAAAAUCUAUCCAAUCAGAGCGUAUGUGAAGAGUCCAUGUAAGGGAAUAUGUUUUUGUACAGUGAAACAUCCAGUUCUUCCAAGGUUUGCUGCAUCUGCUGAAUUUGAGCAGAAUUCCUUUAAGUGCAUGUCACUAAAACAGAGUUUGCGAAAUCUGAGCGAAUGGUAAAUUAAGCUGACGUGUCUUUGCAUGCAGCUAAGUUACAGCCAGCACUGUAUUCAGUUACCUUUGAUGAGAUGUUGCGGGAGAGGCUCUACUUUGUAACUCAAUCUGUGGUCAUGCCAGUCGCUUAGUAGCCACAUCUACCUAGAAUAUUCCACGUUUGUAUAAAUUGUACUUGUUUUCAGUUUAGGUUACACAAGGACGUGGCUUGAUUAAUAGGUGUCAAGGUAGUGGUUUCAUUGUGGUUGAGACGCCAGCCUGUUCACGGUGGGUUUUGUGUUUCGGCUCAUCCAUUUUAUGAAUAGGACAAGCUGAGGAUAACAAACAGCUCUGAGUGUUUAAACUCGGGAAAAAGGCCCACCUUGGCUUUGUGUGCCGUGGAACCCUAGACAGAUCAGCAACACAUUCCUUGCAUAGUCUGUUGAGGUUAAGUCAAACCAGAGCUUUUCACAUUGUGAACAAAAUGUUUUGUUUGGAUUUAAGGUCCCUGAUAGCGAUAGGCCCAUAGCACUAGCCUCUGGUAUUAUUUUGCUACAAAGUUGAUUCUUUGUUUAGGCCAACAUGUUGUGAUAUUAUUGAUCACAUUACCAGGCAAGGGGUUUGGGCUGCCGUGGGGAUGUUUGCCUGCUCAUAUCCAGGAGAUAUGGGAUUUAGCUAAGUUGUCAGUUCCCAUAAGAUAGCAUAUUAUGGGAUUUAGCUAAAUUGUCAGUUCCCAUAAGACAGCAUAGCCUAGUCAUCUGGAGCAUCGUGACCUCAACACUUGAAUCCCAGGCAGCCAGGUCCAGGCAGCCAGGUCCAGGCAGCCAGCCAGCUACCUAAUGGAAAAGUGUGUGGGAGCAGAAAGAUCGAGGCAGUGACUGAGCUAAGUGAAGCUGACUGUACCAUGUAAGGAUGAGGAAUCCAUCAGCUGACGUUACCUCAGAGGGCUGCAGCCUGGAAAUGUAUGCACUCGUUACUGAGGUGUCUAACUGAUCCAGUGCCAGCCCCUCUGAAGUAACACCAGACUGCCUUGAAGUGUUAAGAAAACCCAGCCCAAGACAUAGUCAUGUUGGAGGAGGACAUGGAAGUGGCCAUCAAGGUGGUGGUGGUGGGCAAUGGUGCGGUGGGGAAGUCCAGCAUGAUCCAGCGCUACUGCAAGGGCAUCUUCACCAAGGACUACAAGAAGACCAUCGGUGUGGACUUCCUGGAGAGGCAGAUACUAGUGAAUGAUGAAGAUGUGAGAUUGAUGUUGUGGGACACAGCAGGGCAGGAAGAGUUUGAUGCCAUCACCAAGGCCUACUACCGCGGUGCCCAGGCGUGUGUUCUGGUCUUCUCCACCACUGACAGGGAGUCGUUCGAGGCGGUCGGCAGCUGGUGGGAGAAGGUGGAGCUAGAGGUGGGAGACAUCCCCACUGUCCUAGUGCAGAACAAGAUUGACCUUCUGGAUGACACGAUGAUCAAAAAUGAGGAGGCAGAAGGUCUGGCCAAGAAGCUCAAGUUGAGGUUUUAUAGAACCUCUGUAAAGGAGGACCUCAAUGUCAAUGAAGUUUUCAAAUACCUAGCAGAUAAGUAUCUGCAACGACUCAAGCGGCAAACAGCAGAGGAGCCCGAGGCAGUGCAUACAGCAGGCAAUAAAAUUGGCGUUUUCAACACCACAAGUAGUAACCUAUCUAGUCAGAACUCCAGCAAUGGCCGUGAAAUCAUCAGCUUGCGGCCCCACAAACAGAGGACCAAGAAGAGCAAAAACCUCUUCAGUAGCUGCAGCCUUCUUUAGAAUCAAUCCAUUCCCUUCAAUACUGUAAGUUUUGACUGCCAUAUGUGAGGGAAAGAGUCUUGAUUGAUGAAUGGUUGUGUAUUAUAGGGGUAGAUUCUUUCACAGACCAAAGUCUGCAUAGAACACUGUAUGUUAUAUCAAUUUGAGCUCAACCUAGAUCUAAUCUGCACCUGCACAUUGUGCCUAUCAUGACGUUGAGCAUCUUUACAGAUCCAGUCUAGCCUUUGAUUCGCAUGGAUAGAUGGGAGAUUUAAAGCACCAGUAUGGUAAAAGUAACAACAGUCCUCCUGAUGGCUGCAAUGGAUACCAAAACCUAUGUUGUAGCAUGAAUGGAAUUCUUGAAGCUUAUCGUUUGGGAAAUUGAGGUUGGGCGUUGCAGGGUUUUCCCCACUUACACCCUUCAACAUGUUGUAGGGAAGGGUUACAUUCUAGUUCACUACCACGGCAUCUUUGUAUGUUCAUAUGUGAUUUUUACAGAUUACCAUUUGUGCAUUUGACUGUUCAUCUGUGCAAUAUGUUUAUUGUAGGAGAUAUACUGAUUAUUUUGUACCAUAUUUUGUUUAAAAUAUUAAUGGAAUAUGGUUCAAUCUAUGCUGUAUAUUGUGGAUAAAGACUUGGACAUAAUUGUUCAUUGUUUUCUGAAAGGUAUUUUUAUAUGAAUUUUAAGUGUUUAACAAAUGUUUGCAGACAAUGACUUACCUAAAACGUAACAUAGUGCCAAAUAGUUUCUUAACUUCCUUUUAUUGUUGAAAGAAAUGUACAUAUUUUAAGGUGAAAGGUAGGAGUGAUUGGUAGUUGUAUGAGAAUACUAAAUUACAACAAAGACCAAUAGAAUGUGCUCUUAUAUUACCAAAUAAAAUUUGAGAUUCGCACAAUAAACUCUACUUGAGUCA